AUUGGACAGGCAAACCGUUUUUACGCAUGCGUAUGACGAAAUGUGAAUACGACGCAUUUAAAGACGGUCCUUAAAGGGACAUCUAUUCCACUCCAAAACGUAUCAAGUUUUCCCGAAUUUUCUCUAGACAUUGUUUUUAACUGUAUCUCAAAGAACCGUAUGAGCUGAGUCACGAACGACGAACAGUUGACAUGUUCGUAUUUGUACGUAAAGGCCCAGUUAUUAACGCUCCCCCGUCUUUCUUUUGAGAGUAACUUAUUUUCCGAGUGUAUUUGAACACAUCAUGACAAGGAACAGGAAAUGACAGCUGUGUUAGGGCGAGAUGCGUUUUUACUUCUAGCAGACGGAGUCGAUGUGUUUUUGCUGAACAGGUGCAACACAUUCAGUUCUUCAGCCAGUCCACACCUGGUCCCUUGUCUCCAGCAUGGACAUCUUAGAGGAGGACCUGACCUGUUCUGUUUGCUACUCUCUGUUCUCUGACCCUCGAGUGCUGCCGUGUUCACACACCUUCUGCAAGAGCUGCUUGGACAGCCUGCUCCAGACAUCCACAAACUACUCCAUCUGGCGUCCACUCCGCAUGCCACUGAAAUGCCCCAACUGUCGCAGCGUGGUAGAGCUGCCACCAUCGGGCGUGGAUGCCCUGCCCACCAACGUGUCCCUGCGAGCCAUCAUUGAGAAAUACCAGAGGGACAGCGAGCCCCGCCCCCCCUCCUGCCCCGAGCACAACAGGCAGCCACUGAACAUGUACUGCGUGAAGGAUCGAACGUUGAUCUGCGGCCUGUGUCUGACCACGGGAGAGCACCAGGGCCAUCCCAUAGACGACCUGCAGGCGGCGUUCAUCCGAGAAAAACAGACGCCCACCUCGCUGCUCUCCCGACUCUCUGAGCACAGAUGGGCGCAGGUGUGUGAACUAGCAGAGCAGCUGGAGCAGGAGAAGACUCGCUGUGAAGGCGUGGUGAGGCAGAACAAACAGGAAGUGAACCAGUUCUUUCAGACACUGGAGGCAGCGUUGGCCAAGAAGAAACAAGCCUUCCUGGAGGCGUUGGAUAAGGCUGCCACAGACGUGUCCCGAGCCUAUGACCCACUAAUCCACCGAGUGAAAGAACUCCAGGAGGAGCAGCUGGACCUGGUGUCCCUGGGUUCAUCAGUGGAGGAGGAGGAGUCGCCGCUGCUCUUCCUGGAGAAGGUGCAUUUGUUCCGAGAGCGGGUGGAUGACUUCAUCAACACUCCACUGCCCUCCGUCAUCAACCUGUCCAUCAGUCCACGGGCGGCCGAGUACCUGCAGCAGCACUGGUCUGCCGUUACCAUCGGCACCCUGGACCAAGCCCCCGUUCCCAAAGUGAGUUGCUGCUCCAGAUGCGGCGGCACUGAGACGGGGGGCGAACGGGCCGAUGGCCAGGCUGGGCACGUGGGCUGUGAGCCGCAGCCCACCUUUGGUGCAGCACUGUGUGGGCUGCUGCUGCUGCUGAUGCUGCUGCUGGGAGCAGCCCUCUGGAUGAACCCAGUGGGCGGGGCUUCGCUGGGCUUCUCCCUGCUCUCUCACCUCAGUCAGCUGCUCCACUGCCUGAACUGUGACCUCAUCACACCGAUGUGGGACCUGCUGGUGUCGCUAAAGGCAGUGACGGAGGCUGCUGUGGACAGGUGGAGGGCCCAGCUCUCUGCCGCCGUGGAAACAGCCUUUCAGCAGCUGACGGCUGUGAUCAACGCUCAGCUCUGACUGGACGCUGAGGAGAACACAAACAAUUCAACAGUCGAGUGAUGUGACUGACGGCUGUUACAGUGACAGAACCGGAGACUGUUGGAGAACAACGACACACUAUUUACACCUAAGCAUUUACCCACAAUGCACUGCAGGUCAUGCCUGUGUGUUUUGAAGUCCCUUCAGUUUAGCGUCAGGGUUUGGUCUUAUUCAGAUUAAUGACAACUGCAGUGGAAUUAACACCAACAUGUUUCCAACAUGGACACAGUUUGACACCUGGUAAAUGUGUUAGAAAAUUCAAGUCAAAGGACUGAGUUUGGAGAAAAUAUAUCUUUAAGAAGAAGUUUAAAUCAACAAGGUGUGAAAUGUCAUGUUGUUUAAAUAAUUUUGCACCAUUAAGCCUAUUAGUUAAAGGGUUGGGCUUGUAGUUGAAGGGUUACAGGUUCAGAUCCUAGCUCUCCUGGGUGUACUGAAGAGCAGACCACAGUGUUCAACAUAUAUUAUGGUCUGUUGUCAUAUUGAUGACCGCUCAGACCUUUACACCAUGUACCAUAGUUGGACUUCUUGGUCCCAGCCCUGUACCUCUGACUUUUUUAUUACAUAUCAAGGACUGAGCUCUCCUUUAUUCUCGUCACACUCCCUACUUAAUUAUGUCAUCAACAAAACUACCACAUUUUCUUAGGAAACACUGAAGUCUCCCAACAGACAGAAAUACAGAAUAAUCUGUUUGAACUCAUAUUUCACAGAAUCUUUGUGACCUUUUUAUACAUUUAAAUAUUCUGUCUGUACUGUGGGAAUAAAUGUGUUUAUAUAUCA